GUGAUGACGGCAGUAGAGCAGGACUACCGGCUGCCCCCCCCCAUGGACUGCCCCAUGGUGCUGCACCAGCUGAUGCUUGAGUGCUGGAUGAAGGAGAGGAACCUGCGGCCCAAGUUCUCCCGCAUCGUCAGCACCCUGGACAAGCUGCUCCGCAACGCCGCCAGCCUCAAGGUGGUGACUAGCACCUACUCAGGGGACCUGCUGCGGCUCGGAGGCACUCUGCCGGGACACAACAGGAAGAGUCCGGACAGCAGUCAGGAAAUCGUUCGGCAACAGAUGAGCCAAACUCUCCCCAUCCGAGUGUGAUCUGCUGCGAGAAGAAAACUGAAAACUACCUAAAACUCUAUCCUGAGGAGCCUGAUGUAAAAUAAAGAGAAGAUAAAAGGAUAAAAGAAGUAGGACCGUUUUGGAGAUGUGUUCUCAACUGGAGAUUUAAAGUCUGUUUAAAGAGAACUGUCCAUUGCAGUGUGUGUGUUCAUUACUUGACACUUUGUUGACAUAAAGCCAAACUUCCUAUUGCCCCCUCUCAGGUUGUGUUUGCAUGUCUGCAUGAGUUUUUAUGCUGGUUGGGAAUCAGUCUUU